CAAAAGAAGUGAUCUAAAACCAUAUGAUCACGGCAACCGUUGUUGUCAAUCUUCCCUAAGAUCUCGGAUUUCAGUACCACGUGGAUUGUUUUUUAAAACCUUUUUCUAAGAAGGUUAAUUUUGGAAAAUCUGAUAGCUUUGCUUGAUAACAAUGUUUUAUCCAAAUAAUCUAUAAGAUCUUUACCAACAAUCAGCACUAUCAGAAAAAUAUAUACAAUGUCAGACAGAGAUCUUGAAAAAAGAUAUUUUAAAAAUCAUUAUCCAGCAUACGAUGAAACAAAACAUUUGCUUGAUCAGCAGGAAAAGUUAGAUGGAGAGAUUGUCAGUUCAAUUCAUUCCUUUAUUAAAACUCAAACAUCCAAACUUGUUAAUGGUGUUACAAGUAAUGAUUAUUGCAUUAAAGACUUUUCAGUGUAUACAGGAGAACCAGGUAUUGCAUUGUAUCUUUCUAUGUUAUCCAAUUCACAAGGGAUGGCAGAUGACAGUCAUACAAAAAUUAUCAGAAGGUUUUUACGAUCAUCUUUAAACCAUUGCCGACAAAAAAAACUUAGUUUUUUAUGUGGAGAUUCAGGUUGCUUAGCACUGUCAACUGUACUAUUAAUGAAUAGUGACCCUGAUGUAAGCAAGCAAAGCCUGUUCCAACUUUUAUCUUUGUCAGAUUUACUAUCUAAUGAUAACAUACCUGAUGAGUUACUGUAUGGAAAAGCUGGUUAUCUUUUUGCAUUACUGUUUGUAUACCAAAGUUAUAAGCAUUUGAUACCUUCACAGUUGAUUCAAAAGGUUGUUAAUCAUUUAUUUGAAGAUGGUAUUGGAAACAUUUCUUCAACACAUGUGUUGUGUCUAUCUUAUACUUGGCAUAAUAAGCAUUAUGUUGGAGCUGCACAUGGAUAUAUUGGAAUUCUAUAUAUUUUGUUACAGGUAAAAUUGCUACUUCCUUCCUGCAUAAGCAGUGAACAAUUAAAAACUAUUGCUCUUUGUUUGGAUCAGUUGUUGGAGCUUCGUUUUACUUCUGGAAAUAUUUGUUCAUCUAUUGGUAACACAACUGACAAGUUAGUUCACUGGUGUCAUGGAGCACCAGGAGCUGUACAUCUUUAUGCUUUAGCUUACAAAAUUUACGCUGACAAUAAAUAUUUAAAUGCAGCGCAUAGAUUUGCUGAAGUAAUAUGGUCUCGUGGACUUCUUUGUAAAGGUUAUGGUUUGUGUCAUGGAGUUGCUGGAAAUGGUUAUGCCUUUUUAUGCAUGUUCCAGUUGACAAAUGAUUCUUCUUACCUUUGGAAAGCUGUUAAGUUUGCUGAAUGGUGUCUUGACUAUGGUGUUCAUGGUUGUCGCACUCCUGAUCAUCCAUUCUCACUUUUUGAAGGUUUGGCUGGUACUCUUUAUUUUCUUUUGGAUAUUUUAACACCUUACCAAGCAAAAUUUCCAGCUUUUCAGUUGCUGUCAUAUAAGUAGUUUAUCUAAUAUGGUUGACAUUGAUGGACACUGAUUGAUCCAUGUUCUUGAUAAAAACCAAAUACACCAACAUAUCUUUACACCAUACACCUCUUAUUUAUUUUCUUAUGGAUUACAUUAAAGAACAAAAGUUGUUAUGUUAAAUAUAUAUUAAUUUAGAAACACUCA